GUACUGGACGGCCCGGGUCCAUUUCCGGGCUCCGGAGAUUUGGUACCGAUCGGGGCCGGGGGCGCGGGAGCAGGUGGCUGCGGCGGGGUGGCUGGGCUGCCAGCCUGGGGCGCCGGGCCGGGUCUCCGGUCGCCUUUGUCGCCAGCCCUUCCGCGGAGGCCGCUCCUCCCCCCGGUCGGCGCGCUGCCGGCCGGACUUUGCGCCGCGUCGGGCGCUGCUGCUGCGCGCGGGGCCGCGCUUGUGGCCAGCGGCGGCAAGGUAGCGGGCGGGGAAGAGGGCGGCGAGGGCCGGCCGGGACCCCGGCCCAACAUGGCUGAAGUCACCAUCGACCAGUCCAAGCUGCCGGGAGUCAAGGAAGUGUGCCGAGACUUUGCUGUCUUAGAGGACCACACCCUGGCCCACAGCCUGCAGGAACAAGAAAUCGAGCAUCAUUUGGCAUCGAAUAUUCAGCGGAACCGCUUGGUCCAACAUGAUCUCCAGGUGGCUAAGCAGCUUCAGGAGGAAGAUCUGAAAGCUCAGGCUCAGCUCCAGAAGCGUUACAAAGACCUUGAACAACAAGACUGUGAAAUUGCUCAGGAAAUCCAGGAGAAGCUGGCUAUCGAGGCAGAGAGACGACGUAUUCAGGAGAAGAAGGAUGAGGACAUAGCUCGCCUUUUGCAAGAAAAGGAGUUACAGGAAGAGAAAAAGCGGAAGAAACACUUUCCAGAAUCCUCUGGAUCCAGUGUUUAUGGAGAUAGUUACUAUUACGAAAAUGGAGACCAGCCACAGUCAAGGAGGGCAAGGGAAUUGGGUUCUGGAGUCUCAAGGUCAUGUAGACUCCAAAGUGAUGGAAACACUGUGAAGCAAAGGAACAAGAAAUCCAAACAUCCAGCGGAGAAGUUGGAAGAACUAGAAGAUCAUUGUUCAUCAGGGAAAUGUCUGUCAUCCUAUAGCUUGGGCAAAGUGAGGGCCAGUUCCCAAAUUGACACUGAGCAGUGUGAAAGGAAACGGUCUGAUCAUGAGAGACUUCGGAGACCUCCACUUCCCAAGAUCAGUGGUGAGGUGUUUCUGAGUACUGGAUUUGAUGAUGGGGAGGCUAACAGUAUCCAUCGAACUUGGAAUUGGGAAAAGCAGUCCAGACACCAAGACCAGCUUUCACCCAAGUCUUCGCAGAAAGCAGGGCUUCAUUGCAAGGAAGCUGUUUAUGGGAGGGACCAUGGGAAAGGUGAGCACAGACAAAGGAAACACAGGCCCAGGACUCCUCCCUUCUCAGAGAGUGAGGAACAGCUCCAGCUCCAUGACACAGGAAUGAAGCCAAGAGGGAUGAAAGAAGCUGUCUCUACUCCCUCACGAGUGGCGCACAGAGAUCAGGAAUGGUAUGAUGCUGAAAUUGCCAGAAAACUGCAAGAAGAAGAAAUUUUGGCUACCCAGGUGGACAUGAGAGCAGCUCAAGUAGCCCAGGAUGAGGAAAUCGCUAGACUUCUCAUGGCUGAAGAAAAGAAAGCUUAUAAGAAGGCCAAGGAGCGGGAGAAAUCAUCUUUGGACAAAAGGAAGCAAGACCCUGAUUGGAAGCCAAAAACAACUAAAUCAGCACACUCAAAGUCGAAAGAGAGUGAUGACCCUCACCGUUUUAAGAAUGACAGGCCAGCACGGCCACCACCACCUCUCAUGACGGAUGCUGAAGAUUUGGAUUACACUCAUUUUACAAACCAGCAUAAUUCCACGCGUCAUUUCUCAAAAUCAGAAUCCACUCAUAAAGGUUUCCAUCAUAAGCAGUAAAACCCUAGGAAUCUGCCUUGAGAACGGACUCACUGUAGCAAACAUUACUGGAUGAUACAGAAUGCAUUCCACACUCAUUUUUUUCCUCCUGUGUUUGUAUUCCUGGGAUUUAUUUUCAAGUGUUCUGACCAUAAAUAAUUUUAAUUCAUUUAAAAUGUUUGGUUAUUCCUGAUCACUUGGGCAGUACAGGAAAAUCUGGCUUCUGAAUAUUGGCCACCUCUCUGCUACAUAUGCUUCCUGGGAUAUAAUAUUUAAAAGCUCUGUGAAAUGUCAUUUUUGUUAGGAAUGGAGUACUGGUAUCUAGAGACUAGGCUUUAUUUAGCAGUUAGAAUUUUGUGGAGAUUAUGAUCAGAAUAAAACAUAAUGUCUGGAAGCAAUACAGAAUAAAAGAAUAUAAGAAAUAGCUUUUUUCAUGCAUUAGUGUAUGGUAUAUUAAAGAACCUUUUGCUUUUUGUAUUCUUCAGGAAAAUUAAAAAAAAAUUGCAACCAUAAAGUAUUAAAAAAAAAAAAAAAGUAGAAAACCUGGAACAGUUGGAACAGGUUAUGUUGACCACCAGGACUGUAGCAGUUUUAUCCUUAUAAGCUGUCCUGGGAGAAUUGGCCCAGAUGUCAUUCUCUGACACUUUCCCUCUGCUUCAGCUUAAUAGCAAGUCUUUAUGAGGCCUCUGGGCAUUGGGCUAUUUAUUAGUAUUUAUUGGCAAAAAUUUAAUUCUAUGAAAUAUUAACUCAGGUCUGUGCAAAGUCAGCUGAAAGUGAAAAAGUAAAAAAGGGUUGUAUCCCUUCUCUUCUUGUACAUUUACAUAUAGAGCCAAGGGAAGUAGAAUUGGAAAGAUGUUUAUAUAAGUGGUGAUGCCAUCAUUCUCUGUGGACAUAGAUUGAUAAGUUUUCCACUUGCUUAAAAAACGAUGGUAUUUGUUGGCAACCGCUCAAAGAGUAUUUUAUCUAUCAGUCAGUAGUCAGAUUAACUCAACAUGAAGUUGAAGUGGAUACAGUGAUUCUUUAUCCAGGUAUUUAGCUCCACAUAUUCGGUAGUGAUUCAUGGCAUUGGAUUCCUUUGUACAGGACCUUUAAAGCCUUCUUUGAGAAACCUAGUCUUUGUCCAGUUUCUAACCUUGUGGAAAUGCUUAUUUUCCCAUACUAGUUAGUUAAUAUAAAUGGCAAUCAUGGUGUGUAUAUAUAUAUAGAUAUAUCUAUAUAUAUAUAUAUAGAUAUAAAAUUUCCCUUCAGCUUAACUUUCCAUUAUUUUUCAUUAUAUGAAUCUGACAUUUUUGACAUUCCAGUAUAGUGUUUGUUCAGGAAAGAAAUAUGGAGGUGAGUAGAGGAAAAAGUGGUUAAUCCAUUCUUUUCCCACUGGAAACUGCCUAUUUUUUGCCUUAUCUUUCCGGAUAGUCUUUGAAGUCAGGCAAUAUUCAGGAAGCUAUUUAGAAUUCUGAGUGGAUUUAGGUCCUUUCAUUAUGAAAAAGAUCUUUUAGUUCAAAAAGUUUUUGGAUUGCGGAAGUGUGGGUGAAAGGUAGCUAAGAGUCAAGUUUAGGGAAAUGAUAAUCUAGAAAGAAAGAAACACUAAAAUAUGAGUCAAGAAAUGGGGAAAGAGAAAAACAAAUAGGACUUUGAAUGACCCUGAUGAAAUGAAUGAAGCAGUUUUCAAUUCAGUAGGCAAGGGCAGAUGAAAUGGGGGUCCUAGCCUUAGUCAAAUUCUAGAGGAUGCUUUCAGUAUCCAAAACGUAGGCCUUGUUGACUUCUAUUAAUGCUGUAUUUUUCUUUGUCUGCCCUGUGAUUUUGUUUCAUGUUUUAAAUUUUUUUGUGUGUGGUAACUUUUAAGAAAAGAAAACACAAUGUAUUUUUAUUUUGAUAGGCAAAUGGGCAACAUCAUUUGCCAUAUUUUUAUUUCAUAAAUGUUUAUUUUUCUAUCUCAUACAGUGAUUAGAUUUACUUUAGGAAUUCUGCAUUUGUCUUGUUUCUUAUGUACUCUAGCCAAUCAUAUUUAUUACUGUAAAAUGCUGUCUGGAGAUAUUUUCAUUCAAAAAAAUGUUAGUCCACGUAACACUUAACCCUUGGAUAUUAGUGUUUCAGCUGUCUUAGUGCCCAGAGGUGAUAAUUCCCUGUGACAACUAACUCAACAUCUGUAUUGAAAAUUAGUUAACUUUUUUUUUUUUAGGUUUUUAAAAAAUUAGAAUUUUAAAAUAUUUUUAUUUUUUGUAAAGCAAACACUUUUAAAGAAUAUCAGAGUAAUUCUUUUCUUCUUAUUAGUUAAAUCCUCUUAUUCUCAUUCAAAUAUUAUCUUUAAGAUUAUAUUAUCUUUAAGAUUAAUUACCUUUGACUAUAGAAGUAACAACUAUAUUAAAAGGAACUAACAAACAUUCUUCACUGUGUUCUCUGCUUUUCACUUUGUUAUAUUUAUAUAAAUAUGGAAACAUUUUGUUCCUCUUUCUACCACUGGACCACAGGCAAUUUAAUUUUUAGGCCCACAGUGUAUUAUGCUCUAAUGUGGUGAUGUAAACUAAUAUGCUGGCCUUGGAAAUCUGUUUCUGUACUUCUUUUCCCUGAAGGCCCCAUUAACACUGGUAUUGCUGAAUGAGCACAGUAUGUUAUAGAGUCUUAUCAUAAGGCUACUGGAUGUGUAUACCCUCUUCCCCCAACCUAACUUUUUGUAAUUCAUUGCCUGGAAGCAAAGUCAGACAAGGGUCAGAUUAAAUGUUCCGAGUUGAAGAAAUCUGUAGUGUGAAACUGUUGUUAGACAUAAUUAUUUUACAGGAGACUGGACAGUUGCUACAUAUGCUUCAAAAGAACAUUGAGAUUUUUAGAAAGUGACUUUGCAUACCUUUGAGUUACUUUUUCUCAAGUGACUUUAUAGCAACCAGCAACAGACUAAUGAACUGCAAAAAAAGAUUUCACAGUUUUUGAUCAUAGAGAAACAUCUAAAUUAGAAAAGAAAGAUAUGGAUAGAUAUUUCCCAGGAGGAAAACCUUUUCAGAUUUUCAGUGGCCACUUGGAUCUCAAUCAACAUAGUCCAAGGUGUGUGACCUUGGGCCUUGUGUUCCCCUGAACUCUAGAAAAUUGUGAACUGGACCCAUUUUCCCCUUUUCUUCUCUACUGUGAUCUGCAGCUGAACUGGAUGGUGACUAAAUUCAUUGCUGACUCUGUCCACACCUUUCCAUCGAUGUCAGGACUUUUCAGUAUAAAUAUAGUUAACUUUUAAUGGAUAAUUAUUUUUCCUCAGUACUGUCAAAUAAUCUUUAAUUUUUGUGUUGUGCCAAAUUUUUCUUUGGAAACACCUGCUAUAUAAUAUGGUGCAUUCAGUUUACCACAUCUGUGGUUAACAUUUUAGGGCCUUGAUUUUUAAGGGGUGUUGCCUUUGUAUAAAAAUCACUUUGGGGAAAAUCAGGAUUAUUCAUUGAUUCAGUGAUGGUUAUCUUGAAAGGUAACUGGUGACUGGAUAUAAGAUCUUCCCUCUAAAUAAAGGGAGUGAGACCCCAGUGUAAUCAGCUUUCCAAGGGACUGAGAACAGAAUAGAACUGGCACUGAAAGGCUUUUUUCCCUUUUGAGAAAACAGUAUUUCUGUGAAAGAACAACAUUCAGGUUGAUUUCACCAGAGGUAGUGUGCCAUAUUCUCAUCAUGCUGGCUUUUUAGAAACAACCUUAAAAUCACCAAAACCUGUUCUUUCGGCCAAAAGGGAAAAAAAAAAACAGAUUUUUAAAGUACUUUGUCCCUUACCUACUGCUCAUAACUAGAGAAGUGACUAGAUAAAGUGGUGCCGUUUUGUCCUCACAUCUGGUGGUGCCUGUGAGUCUUAAAGCUGAAACUGCUUAUCUUCCUGUUGAUAAAAUCCCGUUUUUCUCCUUUAGCUUGUAACAGGGACUGUGGUCAGGGGGAGCAAACUGGAGACUGUUCUGAUAAUGCUGCAUGGGGCACAGUGUCAUCCAGAUUCCUGGUCAAAGAAUCUCCUUUACCCCUGAAGAUACUAAGGCUUAUUAAAGGGAAAGUCAAGGCUGUUGUUGCUCCUGCCAUUUAAUUGUUGGAAAUGCUGAAAUUUACUUCCAGAAAAGUAAAAAAAGAAGGGGUAAACUGGGAAAUUUUUACUUCUUUCAGAGUCACUUUCUGAUGAGGCUUGCCCUUUUUGCCAGCAAUGUCUCAAGGAGCAGUAUUGCCUUAAAUUAGUUUGAUUCUGACGAAGGUCAGAGUACUGUACUUCUGAUAUGUGAAUGACCGUCAACUCGCCUUUGAGAUCUGAAAUUCACUGGUGAUCCGCAAACAUCCUUGCCAUCAGAAACUCUGGAUUUCCCCCCCAACUGAGCUAUGCAUGACCUGUGUACUGAUGGAUACAUCAUUUCAUUAGGUUGCCUCUCAGUUUGUGAACGAGCAGCGGCAUGACCAAAACAGGCUGGUGGUGGAGAGUGAGAGUUUUCCUCAUCAGAUUCUCUAAGUUAUUCUGUGUAAUUGAUAUUUGACGGUCUUUCUGUUAUAUGGUAUGUGGAAGGUACUUCCAAAGGUUGUAUUGUGUAGCGAAGUCAAUUAUUACUGUUUUGUGAGGAUUUCACCAACACUCUUGUGUUUUUAUAUGCGUACCAUUGACCAAAAGAAAAAAAAAAGAGAGAGAGAAAACCAAACAAAACAGAGACAUUUACUUGAAAUGGGAGCUCCUUUGACAUGAAGAGUGUUUCUAUUUUAUUACUUUUGGGAGAAAAUUAACCAGGAAAACUUUUGCUGGUAAGGAAGACACCAGAGUGUUUUUAUAAGGUUGUGUUUGAUGCCAUAAAUUGACAGAAUCAUCUAAGUAAUUGUGUUGAUUUGUUGGAAAUAUCUAGUGCUGGAAACCAUCUUCUUCCCUUCUAUAUUUGUGAAUACUGCCUAGAAACAUGUUCCUAAUGCAUUUCAUAUGCUGUUGUUUAUUCUCAGCAAACUAGAGGAUGGUUUUUUCCUUUUGAAUAACUCUUGAUAGCAUAGCAAGCCGGCAUUGUGCUGGUUUCAGCAUUUCAGAUGAGGACAGAAUUAAUUGUGCAUCUUAGUUAGUGCCCUAUUAUUCAUUGCUGAGGUUCAUAUAUAAAGAACAGGAGACUUGAAAGACAGGGUUUUUGAGGGACAUGUCCUUCACAAAAGAGCAAGGACUAAGAACAGCUAUAUACAGCUAAGAGAAUAUACCAUUGCACAUUGCAUACUUAGGCUGUAUUUUUGUUGCACUGAAUUUCAGACCAUAAUUCCUGAAAUAGUUUCUAGCUAUUAAAUUUAGUGAGAGGGUUUUUGAUGUCACAAUUUUUUUUUUUAAAUUUCUGAUUGAAUUAGCCCCUGAAAUCAUGGUAGGCUAUAACUUAAGCUCUUGCUGUAAGCAGAAAGCCAAAUGCCCUUUUUCAGAAGUAGUUCUAUUUUUCACCUGCCUCUUAAAAGCAGUCCAAUAUUUGUUUCAUGAAGUAUUAUAAAUAAUGAGGAGAUACAGGGAGAAGAUAGCAUAUAAAAAUGGUGUUCCACAAUGAGAAUUCUCUAUAAGGGGGUUUUCCUUAAAAAGAAUCCAUCCCAGAACAACAUUAUAUUUUAAAAAGGUGCUGGAUUAUAGAGUUUCAUGAGUACAUAUAAAUCAAGUUGCUCAGGAAAUGAGAGGUGAUGCUGUCAUUUGUCUUAUAAUUCAGAAAAGUGCUUUCCUGAGAGAGAAACUGCAUAGUGCCCAGGCAUUUUUGGAUUCUUUGGUAAGGAGUCCUUUGACACCUGGAAUGUGGAUAUGUUUAAAAAAUGAGUGAGCUGUUAACCCAGGUGCCUAUCAACUUGUCGCCAAGCCCCAGAAGGAAAGGCAGAUUUGAAAUAGCUACUUCAUGGAACUGAACAGAACCUUAAUGGAAUCCAGUUGUCUGUCUGAGGACAGAAAACAAAAGAGGCCACCUCAAACCACAUGCCUAUUUAGAGAUUAAAUGAAACUGUGAGGGACACUCUGUGGAUGCCUUAAAGGUGACUGGUGUUGAGUACUGGUGGGUAUGUGUGCACCCAUCUGGGCUAGGCUGACGGAAAUCAUCUAUUUCCAUUCACCUUCACACAGCGCAAGUCGUUCCUGUUCAUGACCUCAUUGAGGAACACGAGAAACAUGGUGCUGGUGACUUCCGUGUGUCUUGGGAGGUUGAGGUGGUCUAGUCAGUCAGCACUCUCCAGUGCUCAGGCCUCCCUUAAAUGCCACUUCUACAUCUACAUUGAUUCAUCUAUGCAAACUUAAAUUUUUAUGGUUUGUUUUCUACACUUAUGUCCCAUUUGAUUCUUUAAAUAUCAGGUUUAACAUUAAUAUUAUGAAUAAUUUUUAAACCAAAGUAUGUAUAUGUCUGUGUGCUUGUUUUCCUGGAUGGUUUGAGGCAAACACCAGUCUUGUCCUUAUCUCUUAAUAAAGUCAUCCAUUUGUUAA